ACGCUCUUGAGUUCCGUAGUUUUGACCUCUAUGGCGCAAUGGUCACAAUGCCGAGCUGCCGAACUUUUUUUUUCCGACGUCAAUAAUCAUCAAAUGACCCCUCCCGCUGUGGGUUAGCAGCGGUGAGUGAGUGUCAGACUCUUACUGGUCAUUGGCCUUUUAUGUACCUGGGCCGCGGUAACUCUUUCGAACAACCCGCAGCAACUACAUACAGCCGAGCCUCAGGUUCGGCAUAGAACUGCCGAACCUAAGGUCUACAUUUGUGUGAUGAGCAUGCUUGUUGGCCGUGGUCUGGGUGUUACACUAUGUGUUCGCGCCCCACACUAAACUUACUAAAACCGGGCGGAUGUGUGCCCGGCUCUACGGGACGCGAGGGGGUGGAGAGAGGGACGCGGGCGCAAGACGCGCGCGCUGGAGCCACGCGCCGCCAUAUUGCGAAUUACGCACGCCACAAGAGCAUUGUCGAAAUAAUACUAACUAAUAUUAAGCGAAGAAAGUGUCGCGUCGUCCGUGUCCUGUAAUUAUUUAUAUUAAUUAAAUUACUUUUCUUUACAUAUACAAGAAGAAGUAUUAUUUUGUCUCCGACAAAAGUGGCGACCGUGACAGGACAAAGAAAAGGACGCCGCGGCGACGCCAUUACGAGCCACAUAUAAUCCGACGCGCCGGCGAGGAAAGGAGUGAAGGUGGAGGACAUCUGAGCUGCUCGGGAGCCUACUGGAGCCACAGGAGGUCUAGCCCACAAGGAGACUUCCCUCCCCUGUUGGGUGGAGGUCGACACGUCGUGCUAACGGGUUCAUCGUGUGCGCGCGCGGCUACGAGCUGCUGGCCAAGCUGUCUGCUCGGCGUGAGCUUCAGCACCGGCACCAGCAGCGCGUGCGACUGGACCUGAGCUUCUCUACUUCCCGAAACGGGUUUGAGUGCACAUAGUAAUUUAUUAUUACUUAUUAUAUUCGUUAUUUGCGUUUGUGAUUAUUGUAUAAGUGCUAUAAUAUGAGUGAAUCAGAGCUCAAAAUGGAAUUAUCCACCUUAGUUAAACAACGUGGAAUAAUAAAAGGUAGAUUAACAAGAUUUGAACAGUAUGUGAAGGAAUUAACAAGUUUAAAGGAUAUACCUGCUGUAAAAUACAAAGAACUUGAAUUAAAAACUAGUAAAAUACAAUCAUUAAUAAGUGAAUUUGAAGAAAUACAAAACAAAAUUGAUAUUUUACAUUCGGAUCCUGACGAGCAGAUCCAAGAAAGAGAAGUGUUAGAAAAUAAGUUCAUUAAUUUAAUAGCAAUAAGUCAAGAAUUAUUAGAUAAUAGCGGUGUUUAAAAAGAGACAGAUCAUAAUGAUCAAUUUUCAAGUAAUUAUAGUUCUCAUAAACACAGCGGGAUCAAAUUACCCACUAUAAAACUUCCCACUUUUGAUGGAAACUACCUAAAGUGGUUAGAAUUUAAAGACACAUUCCUGUCUGUUGUAGAUAGCAACUUAGAAAUUCCACAUAUAAAUAAGUUUCAUUACCUUAGGUCUGCGCUUGAAGGAAGUGCAGCUGUAGUUAUAAAGUCCAUAGAGUUUAGCGCUAAGAAUUAUUAAGUUGCCUGGGACUUAUUGUGUCAACGGUUUGAAAACAAAGAUAUUUUAGUUAAUAACCAUUUAACAGCAUUAUUUAAUAUCGAACCAUUAAAGAGGGAAUCAUACAAAUCUCUGAGAUUCAUUGUUGACCAUGUCAUGAAGCAUCUCAGAGCACUUGAGACGCUAGGCCUGCCAACAAAUAAGUGGGAUAUACUCAUUAUAUUUAUGAUUUCAUCUAAGUUAGACUUGCAUACCGCUAGGAAGUGGCAAGAACACAAAAGUAAGUCUAGUGAACUUGUAAUGUUGACCGAUUUCUUUGAUUUUCUUCGCAACCGGGCUGACAUACUUGAGACUUCCUACUUUAAUAACACUCACUCAGACAAAGUUCCUGAUUACAAACAUAAAACAAACACACACUCCAAAAGUUUUGUUGCAGCUGUUGAUAAGAAAGUAAAUAAUAAUGAAUGUCUUGUGUGCAAGGAAAUUCACCCACUUUACUUGUGUGACAAAUUCAAAGGUAUGACUGUGGAUGAACGUCUAGGUGAGAUUACUAAGUUUAAUUUAUGCAAGAAUUGUUUUCGAAGUGGUCAUAAUGCAUAUCAGUGUAGAUUAAAGGCGAUGUGUCGUACAUGCAAGAAAAAGCAUAACACAUUAGUGCAUGUCACACAAACAGAGAAUAGUGAACAACCAUCAACAUCAUCUUUACCGGUGUCACUGUCUGUGGUCAGCAGCGACCAGGUGUUAUUAAGUACAGCUCUUAUCCAGGUUGUGAAAGAUAAGAAAACAUACACAGCCAGAGCCCUGUUAGACACAGGAAGCCAAUCAUCCUUCAUCACUGACAGUUUAAAAGAAAAAUUAGGUUUAGUGAUUAACCCGGGAGGGUCUGUAAAUGUUUGUGGUAUAAAUAAUUCUAAUUGUAGUAUUAAGCAAAGUUGUAAUUUAAAGCUUAAGUCUAGGUGUAAUUCUUUUGAGAUUAAAGUUAAGUGUUUAGUUGUUCCCAGAAUUACUGGAAUUUUACCAAAUUCUUUAAUAAAUACUGGAUAUUUGAAAUUACCAAAUAACAUUGAUUUAGCUGAUCCUAACUACUUUUUCCCUUCUGAGGUAGAUAUCCUCUUAGGGGCAGAUGUCUACUGGGACAUAGUAGGCUCUAAUGUAAUUAAGUUAGGUAAUAAAAAUCCUGUUUUACAGGAGUCCAAGUUUGGGUGGCUAGUGAGUGGCCCAAUAAGUACACAACAGCCAACCUCACAAGUUUAUUGUAAUUUCACUCAAGAAAUAAAGGAAUCUUUAGAAAGGUUUUGGACAAUUGAUGACCUUCCAGUUACUAAAACAUAUUCUGUAGAAGAACAGCUUUGUGAAAACAAUUUUAUUGAGAAUUUUUCUAGAUUACCAAAUGGUAGGUUUGCUGUGACAAUGCCUUUUAAGGAGUCCCCUGAGGAAGCUCUUGGGAACUCAUAUUAUAUAGCUAAGAAGUGCUUUUUAAAUCUAGAGAAAAAAUUUGCUAAGAAUCCUAGUCUUAAGAUUAAAUACAAGGAGUUCAUAGAUGAGUAUGCUAAUUUAGGACAUUUAAGAGUUUUAAAAAAUAAACCUGAGUUCGGAUAUUAUAUGCCCCACAUACAUAGGGAAGUUGUUGCUACUCUUGAUUCAGCACUCUUGCCUUUAAGAAAAUUCAGAACAAAUUGUCCUAGCUUAUUUGAAAAUGAUGAUGAUACAGCCAAAUUUGUAGAUUUUAAUAAGGAAUCUAGUGUAUUAGGUCUUAUUUGGUGUCCUAAGUCUGAUAAUUUACUAUUUUCCACAGAUUUACAGCAUUCUGCUCAAAUAACCAAACGGUCAGUAAUCUCUACUACGGCCAAAGUAUUUGAUCCUUUAGGACUAUUAAGCCCUUGUAUUAUAGUACCUAAAAUUUUACUACAACAAUUAUGGUCUGCUAAACUGGACUGGGAUGACCCAGUACCAGCUGAAUUUUGUAAGGAUUGGUCUAACCUUUUGAAAGAAUUUUCAUAUUUGUCUGAUAUUAAAAUAGAACGUUGGGUUUUAUGUGACAAUCCUAAAACUAUAGAACUACAUUGUUUUGUCGAUGCCUCACAACAAGCCUACGCGGCAUGUAUCUACUUGCGCUCUGAAGACUGUACUGGAAAAGUAACAGUUAGGUUGUUGUGUGCUAAAGCACGAGUCGCCCCAAUGAAUCCAACCACUAUACCGAGGCUGGAGUUGUGUGGCGCACUCCUAGGGGCUCGUCUAUGUUCAAAGGUAUUAGAUUCCUUACAAUGUAAUAUAUCCCGAAAAGUUCUAUGGUCUGAUUCGAUGGUUGUGUUGGGAUGGGUGCAAACUCCACCCAGGGAUCUUAAAGUAUUUGUUUGUAAUAGAGUGAACGAAAUAAAUCAACUGACACCGGGAUUCGACUUUAGAUAUGUACCAACUGAUCAAAACCCUGCAGACAUGGGUUCUAGAGGUGUCUCCCAAGCAGUUAAAAGCUUCUAGCCUUUGGUGGGCAGGGCCUUCGUUCCUCGCUAAUGACCCUACUUGUUGGCCUACACAACAACAAAUCCCUAGUUUACCAGAACUUAAAAUCCCACGCAACAUUGAAUGUCACACCACAAUUGUAAAUAAUAUAAUUGAAUUUGAAAAAUAUUCUAACUUUAAUAAACUUAUUAGGAUCUAUGCAUAUGUGCAACGUUUUGUACAUAAUUGUUUAAAUAAAAAUAGUAGAAUUAGUGGACCAUUAGAUGUUAAGGAAUUAGAUAAGUCAUUAUUAACUUUAGUUAGGUUAAGUCAGUUGGAUAGUUACUCUGACGAAAUUAAAUUAAUUAGUGAUAAGAAAACUCUCAAUUGUAAGUCUAAAUUACUGUCGUUGAAUCCUUUCUUAGAUGACAACAAUAUAUUGAGAGUUGGUGGUAGGCUUCAAAAUUCUGAAUUUGAUUAUGAUAGGAAGCACCCCAUGAUUUUAGAUGCAAAACAUCAGUUCACUCAAUUGUUAUUCAGGCAAGAACAUGAACGUUUAUUUCAUGCAGGACCGCAACAUCUGCUAGCGUCUAUCAGAGAGCGAUUUUGGGCCAUAGGAGGUAGAAAUUUAGCUCGCAGUACGACUAAGAAGUGUCUACUCUGUACUCGCUUUCGAGGAAAAACCAUUCAACCAAUAAUGGGUAACUUACCUUCGGAAAGAACUUACUCAAUGUUUCCUUUCUACACAUGCGGUGUAGAUUUUGCUGGUCCUUUUACUAUUUCUAGCCGCAAAGGUAGAGGAAGUCAAUCCUCAAAAUGUUAUUUAUGUUUAUUUGUAUGCCUCUCGACUAAGGCGAUUCAUUUAGAAUUAGUAAGCAGUUUGAGCUCUGAUGCAUUUAUAUUGUCUUUAAAAAGGUUCAUAUCAAGAAGAGGCAAACCUAGUGUCAUCUAUUGCGAUAAUGGCACUAAUUUCAGAGGCGCAAAUAACGAAAUGUGUAGAGUGCUCAGGUCCAAUCGUAAGUGUACUGAUAAUUUCGCGAAUGAUAAUGGUAUAAAAUUCGUAUUUAGCCCGGCGUACUCGCCUCACUUUGGGGGCAUAUACACAUAUAUGGGAAGCAGGAGUCAAGUCGGCAAAGUUUCAUUUAAAACGCACGGCCGGUAAAGCUUCCUUGACGUUCGAGGAGCUUGCUACGUUAUUAGCACAAGUCGAGGCCAUACUUAAUUCCCGUCCUCUGUCUCCCCUAUCUUCCGAUCCUACCGAUCCUACACCACUUACCCCAGGGCACUUUCUUGUCGGGCGACCUCUCACGUCGUUACCGUCGGCACCUAUAAAUACGAAGAGUCCAAAUCGUUACCAACUUAUAGAGAAAAUCAGACAAGACUUCUGGCAAAGAUGGCGCCGGGAGUUCGUAGCGGAGCUGCAGCAACGCACGAAAUGGAAAACCAGGCAGCAUGAGCUUCGUGUGGGUGAUCUGGUGAUCCUAAAGGAAGAAAAUGUUCCCCCACUGCAAUGGAGACUCGGCCGUGUCACACAUUUGUAUCCUGGGACGGAUGGAGUCAGCAGGGUGGCCGAUGUCAUGUCUUCCAGAGGCACAGUACGAAGGGCUGUGAACAAAAUGUGCAUUCUACCAAGUUCAGCCCCAGCAGACACGACACUGAUCAAUGAUGACAAGGAUGCUGCCGAGAAUAAAGAAGCUUGAAAGCUACCCUUUCAACCCCGGGAGGAUGUUCGCGCCCCACACUAAACUUACUAAAACCGGGCGGAUGUGUGCCCGGCUCUACGGGACGCGAGGGGGUGGAGAGAGGGACGCGGGCGCAAGACGCGCGCGCUGGAGCCACGCGCCGCCAUAUUGCGAAUUACGCACGCCACAAGAGCAUUGUCGAAAUAAUACUAACUAAUAUUAAGCGAAGAAAGUGUCGCGUCGUCCGUGUCCUGUAAUUAUUUAUAUUAAUUAAAUUACUUUUCUUUACAUAUACAAGAAGAAGUAUUAUUUUGUCUCC